ACACUUGUCUUUAAAUAAACUGUCUAUAAAUAACGUUGCUUAUUCCAGCGUGUGGCAGAGCUCGGCCUCUGAUUGGCUGUCUUUAAACGCGCAUUUGAUUCGUGCAGCCAAGCGUCAGAGAAGCGCUCGUUACUUAUUAUAUCACAUCCUGGCAGGGCGGUGCAAAGAAACUGAUGUAUGCUCCCCUCGCUCGGGAUGUUUGAGGCUAUAAAUGAAACACAAAGUGUAGAAACUCCGAACAGUCCUGAGUGAAGUCGACGCUCUUGAAGGAGAUGAGACUUUGGACGGCUCAUGGGAAGCUGCUGCAGGCGGCUUGGCUGUGUUGUGUGUUGGCAGCUCAGGUGCACAGCUGUCCUGGCGCCUGCAGCAAGUGUUCAGGCCCAGAGAAUGAUCAGUGUGAGGGAUGCAGAGCAGGAUGGACGCUCCAUAAUAACACCUGUGUAGACAUUGAUGAGUGUGGCACGGAGCUUGACAACUGUCCUCACAACAGCUACUGCUUCAAUACAGAGGGGUCGUUCGAGUGCAGAGACUGUGACCCAGCCUGUGUGGGCUGUAUGGGUAGCGGACCAGCCCGCUGCAGAAAGUGUGCUUCAGGCUACAGGCUGAGAGGGUCCAAGUGUUUCGACAUAGAUGAAUGUAGUGACAGGGUGCUCGCCUGCCACGGCCUGGAUGAGAUUUGUACCAACACCGUCGGCUCGUUCCGCUGUGACUGUGCCAAAGGAUUCCACCGCAAGGGAGGUGUCUGUGUGAAGAAGCAGCUGCCUAGUGUUCAGCAGAAAGGCCUGUUUGAGGACAUCCAGGAUGAUGAGGUGGAGGUGCUGCAGCAGAUGUUCUUCGGGGUGGUGCUCUGUGCUCUGGCCACACUGGCUGCUAAAGGAGACAUGGUUUACACAUCUGUAUUCAUAGGGGCAAUGGCAGCCAUGGCAGGAUACUGGCUAUCAGACAGGGGAGACCGUGUGUUACACAGUUUUCUGAAGGGACAUUAAAACUCAAAAAUAACCUGCCUGACAUUGGUCAAUAUAAGUUACUGAGCUGCCAGCUUUAGAUACAGACGCCUGGAGAAACUGAAAAAACAACAGUUUUAACCUUCUUUUUUAAAAUGUUUAUGUUGACUGACAGAGAAUGAUAAUAUUUUUUAAGAUGCCCUACUGUAAAGUCACAUUUAUUCUUGACUUUAUAAAUUAUCGUAUGAUGAAGAUCAACUCAUGUCUGGAGCUUUUCAUCAGUAUUUCACCUAUUUGAAGUUUGACGAGAACAUCACAAAUGGAGACAGAAAGAAAGUCACUUUUAUUUGAUGGAUAUAAACAAGCUGGCCAACACUCAAUAGUAAUAUUCUGAUACAGCACAUACAAUAGCAAACUGGGGCACUGAGGACAGCCUCCUAGGUUUAAAAAACAGAAAACAAUACAGAGUCUCCAUGCUUCAUUCAAAACUUUGACUCAGUCUCACUUUUUUUCUCUGGGGACUUCCUCUGAUAAAGUUCUUUUUUAAAUAGAUUUCUCUCUUGUGCAUUCACAACACGCGCAGACACACACCCGGAAAACAAAUGCAGUUGUGCACACACACACACACACACACAUGUAUCUCUUUUCUGAAUACAUUUACACCGGCAACCCCAAAAAACAUGCUGCACUCUCACAAAACUGCACAGGCUGUCUACUAAGGGGACACAGUAAGUGAGACACACACAUCACUCUCAAACACAACAUCACACCGUCACGAUGCAGAUGCAAUUAAUGUAUGAGGAAUGAUGCAUCAUGGGAGAUUAGCUCACGUUCACACAAGUAAUCAUUCAGCAUGCUGGACACUCACAUUUAACUUUGUUCCUAGGUCUUUUCUGUACAGAUCAAACAUUUACUUAUACAAAUAGUACAGUCUCAAACUGGCAUAUUCAAUAAAUA